UCAAGACUUCUCUGUUGAUUUGUUGUUUGUUUUGAGUUAGAUUGCAAAUUCUCUGGUGAUUUUGAUUUUAGAAUGUCUAACUUUUCAAGUCUGUUGAUCCACAAAGGAAUUCUCCUACUGUAGCGACGUGAUGGACAAAGACGAGCCGUUUGUUUACAAUGAGGUUGAUUACAAGACGCCGAAGCAGAGCCCUCGGACUUGGCCGAUGGAUAAGAUCCGGCAGGGACGUUUCCAGCAUAAAAUGUCAUCGCUUUUGAGUCCUGCGACUCCUAAAAGGAAUUACAACAUUAGCAAUACAAAGUCACUCCUGCUCCACUGCUUACGUGACGCAAAGUCAGAUCCACUCCCUCGUAGGCGCUUUCCGGUUUCAUGCUCAGAUGAAGGAGUCUUGAUGGAUGGCGUUCUAGUCACAUCAGCCACUAAAAAGAAGGUUUUAGAGUCUCCUUCCAUCUCUCUUGGAGGAACAUCACUUUCUUCAAUCUCCCGGAGUCAGCACAAGAAGGAUACAGAGUUUAGCAGUCCUAUAAGCGAUUCAGGAAGUAACCAGGAAACCACUCUGUCUCAGCAACCUUCUUCAGCUGGCAAGGGAAAGAUGUUGGCAUAUAGUCCUUGUACACCAAAGGCUGCUAAGCCAUCAAAGCUGCAAGCUUCUGCUGAACCAUUCAUCCUCACACCAAGACAAGCUACUCCUUUUCCACUUCAGCAACACCCAUUUAAUCCGCAGUUUCCAAGAGCUAAUCCCCUGCACCUGCAGCCAUACCCAUACUUUCACCGGCCUCGACCUCUGAUCUAUCUUUAUCAGAGACCACCACCACUUCUUCCGCUCCUACCCCAUGGAUCUGACCCUUAUAAGCUAACCUCUGAAAAGGACUUUCCUCCAAUUCUCUUUGCCAGCCAAACACCUACCAGAAGAAACCGCCGCAUAGACUCAUUUCCCACAACACCUUCCUCUAGCCAGCCCAACAACACCACCAGCGACCCAGUACCUGUACAAACUCCCAUAUCUACUACUGCUACAGCCAAUCUCGGCAGCAGUACAACCACUGCGGCUCAUGGCUCCUCACCUUCUGUUGACGGACUCGACACAGUGACGCAAAUACCAGACUUGUCGUCGUCACCUUCUGAUGGAAUCGAAACAGUGACGCAAAUACCAGACUUGUCGUCGUCACCCUCUGAUGGGAUCGAAACAGUGACACAGAAUCCAGCCUUAUCUCCACCGUCUGAUGGACUUGAAACAGUGACGCAAAUACUAGACUUGUCGUCGUCACCUUCUGAUGGACUUGAUACAAUGGCGCAAAUACCAGACUUGUCGUCGUCACCCUCUGAUGGAAUCGAAACAGAGACGCAGAAACCAGUCUUAUCUCCACCGUCUGAUGGACUUGAAGCAGUGACGCCAAAACCAGACUUGUCUUCACCUUCUGUUGGAGUAGAAACAGUGACGCCAAAACCAGACUUGCCUUCAACUUCUGCUGGACUUCUAACUAUGAAGAUAAACAAAGAGUGGUCACCUUCUGAUGAUGGACUCCCAACAUUCACACAGGCUCAACUUGAUUUCAUGAAAUCACAUCACAGGCUCUUCCCAGAUUAUGUUUUCGGGGGCUACAAAUACAAACAGAGAAUGCCCUCUUUCAAACAUCAGGAGGAGCACCAGUAAAACAGAAGGUAACAUUCUCUUCAUAGAACACUUCUAUUCACCCCAUAUAUUUCUUCCCAUCCAUCAAACUCUUUUCAGCUUUUCAUAUGAUUGUUAAAAAUUUACAAAUAGCUAUUAGAUAAACAACAUUCCAAAGAAAAAAACAAGUCCUUGAAAAAUAUAUGCACUCUGUUUUUUAAUCAGAAAUGAAUAUUUCUAUUAGUUCUA